GGUUUCUUUUUUAAAGACAAUUUAGUGAUUAUUGUGUUUAAAAGUGGUCCUAGGAAGUUGCCCUAGAUGUUUUCUGCUACAAAAAAAAGUCAAAUUUUGGCAUCUUAAAAUAGUUGGAAAUGUCAGCUGCCGUGAAGGUGCUGGCACUAUUUUCAACAUUCAAUAGAGUGUUUAAAUAAGUGCAUUGAAAAAAUUAGUUUAAUGUCACAUUUAUUUUAUUUAUUUAGUCACCUACCCUCCCAUGUAUGAAACUCUGAGAACUCUUACAUUGGAAUUGCUGCUUUCUCAAACUUAACAGAAAUGGCAAACACCAUGUUUCUUUCCUCUUCUGUGAAAGUUAAACCACUACUUUCAUCUAUAGGUGAUGAUCAGUGGCUAAGUCACUUUGCCCCAAACAGAAGAACAUGUCAUCUCAAAGUUUUAUCAAACUCCAGAGUAGUACCAAUAAGAUCAGCAUAUACCCCCGAAAUCCCUUGCCAGUGGUACAAUCUAAUCGCAGAUCUUCCGAUAAAACCACCGCCGCCUUUGAAUCCAAAGACAUUCGAGCCAUUGCAGCCACAGGAUUUAUCGCAUUUAUUUCCAGAUGAAAUAAUCAAGCAAGAGGGCACAAACGAAAGGUUUAUCGACAUUCCGGAAGAAGUUAUCGAUGUUUACGGGCUUUGGCGCCCCACCCCUCUCAUCAGAGCCAAGAGGUUGGAGAAGUUGCUGGAUACACCUGCGAGAAUCUAUUACAAGUACGAGGGCGGCAGUCCAGCUGGGUCCCACAAGCCGAACACGGCUGUCCCUCAAGCAUGGUACAAUGCUCAGCAAGGGGUCAAGAAUGUGGUUACGGAAACCGGUGCCGGUCAAUGGGGAAGUUCGUUGGCUUUCGCUUCCAGCUUGUUCGGUCUCAAUUGUGAAGUGUGGCAAGUACGAGCUUCAUACGACCAAAAACCCUACCGUAAACUAAUGAUGCAAACAUGGGGGGCAAAGGUACACCCUUCGCCUUCCAACAUAACCGAAUCGGGUAGAAGAAUACUCGAGCAAGACCCGUCGAGCCCCGGAAGUUUAGGAAUCGCAAUUUCCGAGGCAGUUGAAAUGGCGGCAAAGAAUCCCGACACAAAGUACUGCCUGGGGAGCGUGCUAAACCACGUGCUCUUGCACCAAACGGUUAUAGGCGAGGAGUGCAUAAAGCAGAUGGAGGCUAUCGGAGAGACGCCAGAUGUCAUCAUUGGGUGCACGGGCGGUGGGUCCAACUUUGGCGGGCUUGCUUUCCCGUUUAUUAGGGAGAAGCUUAGUGGGAAGAUUAAUCCGGUCAUUAGGGCGGUUGAGCCUUCGGCUUGCCCCUCAUUGACCAAGGGGGUGUAUGCUUACGAUUAUGGAGAUACUGCGGGGAUGACUCCGUUGAUGAAGAUGCACACUCUUGGCCAUGAUUUUGUGCCGGAUCCUAUUCAUGCUGGGGGAUUGAGGUACCAUGGGAUGGCUCCACUGAUUUCGCAUGUGUAUGAAUUGGGAUUCAUGGAAGCAAUUGCUAUUGCUCAGACUGAAUGCUUUGCAGGGGCUAUACAGUUUGCUCGGUGUGAGGGGAUAAUUCCAGCGCCCGAACCAACUCACGCAAUAGCUGCCGCUAUAAGAGAAGCCCUUCACUGCAAAGAGACCGGCGAAUCGAAGGUUAUUCUCAUGGCAAUGUGCGGGCACGGUCAUUUCGAUUUGCCGGCUUACGACAAUUAUCUGAAGGGAAAUCUCGUCGAUUUGUCUUUUUCCGAGGAGAAGAUCAAAGCAUCCAUAGCCAAUAUCCCUCAAUCCUCAGCCUGAACUAAGAUAGACAUACACUCUGCAGUGUAGGUGGAUUUGGUUAAAGUUGAAGUUAUAAUUUCACUGUCAUGAUUUUUUUUUUUUUUUUUUUUUUUUUUUUUUGAAUAGGUUCAAUUUGUAAGAGUAGAUCAAAUAAAUGAAGGGGCAUUUUUGUUAGAUAAUAUUGACAAAUUGAUCAUUUUCUUUUUAAUUUGCUGACAAGGACAAAUUAAAUGAAAUCAUUUAA